CGUUCCAAAAGGAGGAAUUGUUUGGGAGCUCAGUCAUCCAAAAACGGCCUUUCAAUGUGAGAACUUGGGGAGCCGAAGAAGAAGUAGAAGAAGAAAAUGUCGGUGGCAUCGUAGUAAAUUACUAAAGCAGCGAGGCUUUAGAAAGAACAGAGAAGGAAAAAGAGAAGCUACAAGUGUCUGUUUUUCCUGGGAAACUACAAGAAAGAAGAAAAUCGACGAAGUGCGGCGGUUUUGGGGGUAGUGUAUGGAAGAUGUCUGGAAAGAAAAGCCAGACUCCCUGGAUGAGAAAGAAACGGGCUCCGCUGUUGUGUGCUCUGGGUGCAGUGCUCCUUUGCUGCCUGCAUGGCGGCGCUGCAACCACUGAUGAGGUGCCGGUCUUCACCGAGGAGCCCGUGUCCGUGGUGCAGAAACUGGGAGGCAGCGCCACGUUGCGCUGCAGCGCCCAGCCCGCCUCGGCCAAAGUGACCUGGCGUCUGAAUGACGAGCUGCUGAUGGACGGCAAUCGCGGCGUGGCGGUGCGUCCCGGCGGCCUUUUCAUCCCAGCUCUGUCCAACCUGACUCUGGGCAGAUACCAGUGCGUGGCCAGCACCGGCGCUGGAGCUCUGGCAAGCGUCCCCGCCAACGUCACGGCUGCCAAGCUACGAGACUUCGAGCCCGACGUCCAGCAGGAGAUCGAAGUGGACGAAGGCAACACGGCUGUGAUCGAAUGCCAUCUGCCCGAGAGUCAGCCCAAAGCUCAGGUCCGCUACAGCGUCAAACAGGAGUGGCUGGAAACAUCCAAAGGAAACUACCUCAUCAUGCCGUCAGGUAACCUGCAGAUAGCCAACGCCACACAAGAAGACGAGGGGCCGUACAAGUGUGCAGCAUAUAACCCCAUCACUCAGGAGGUCAAAACGUCCUCGUCCACUGACCGCCUGCGAAUACGCCGCUCCACGUCAGAAGCGGCUCGCAUCAUUUACCCUCCGGCUCCUCGCUCCAUCGUGGUGACCAAAGGCCAGCGGCUGGUGCUGGAGUGUGUGGCCAGCGGCAUCCCGACUCCCCUGGUCACCUGGGCUAAGGACGGGCAGGACUUGAGUUUCCAUAACAACACACGCUUUUUGCUCAGCAACUUGCUGAUCGAUGCGGUGAGCGACGGCGACUCUGGCACGUACAUCUGCAGGGCGGACAACGGCAUGGGUUCCGCAAGCGCCGCCACCGUGCUGUACGACGUGCAAGUUUUCGAGCCUCCUCAGGUGACCGUGGAGCUGCAGCAGCAGGAGGUGGUGUACGGAGAGACUGUGCGCUUCACCUGCCAAGCCCGUGGUAAGCCCACUCCCUCUGUGACGUGGCUCCACAACUCCUGGCCCCUGGCUCAGUCUUCCCGCCAUCGCCUCACCUCGCGGGUGCUGCGCGUCUUUAACGUGGGCCCGCAGGACGAGGGCCUGUACCAGUGCAUGGCGGAGAACGGAUUGGGCAGCUCGCAUGCCUCUGCUCGCCUCAUCACCGUUUCAACAGGGAUUUCUUCUGGGAAGCGACUGCCCUCCAUCUAUCGCCCUCUCAGUCCCGAUAAGGUGCUGAAGGAGCAGCCUCCCAUAAGGUCCGGGGCUACUGGAGCCAUGCUUCCUCUGGACUGCUCCGAACUGCCAGGGCAGAUUCUCCCUGCAGACGCUCCAAUCAUCCUUAGUCAGCCGCGCACGGGCAAGGCCGACUCCUACGAACUCACCUGGAGGCCGAGGCACGAGCGAGGCGCUCCUGUGCUGGAGUAUGUCGUCAAAUACAGAAAGGAGGGAGGCUUUCUAGCAGAGUGGACCACCAGGAGCAUCUCAGGCUCCCUCCAUAAGCUCACUCUCACCAAACUUCAGCCUGACAGCUUGUAUGAGGUGGAGAUGGCUGCCAAGAACUGUGCGGGUUUGGGUCAGCCGGCCAUGAUGACCUUCAGGACCGGCAGAAAUCGUAAAGGCUUGGGGGGGCAACACGACCCACCAAAACCUCCUGCCGUCCCCUCACCAAGCCUCUCUCCUCCAGAAGCUCCCGAUAAACCCACCGUCUCCACGGCCACCGAGACGUCGGCUUACGUGACUUGGAUUCCUCGUGGUAACCGCGGCUUCCCCAUCCAGUCGUUCCGGGUGGAGUACAAGAAGGUGAAGAGGGCUGGGGAGGACUGGGUGACGGCGGUGGAGAACAUUCCCCCGUCGAGGCUGUCUGUGGAGAUCACGAGCCUGGAGAAAGGGACGUCCUAUAAGUUUAGAGUGGUGGCGGUGAACGUGAUCGGCUCCAGUCCUCCCAGCGCCCCGUCCAAGGCCUACACGGUGGUGGGAGGGAGAACGCAUGAACGUCCUGUGGAUGGACCCUACAUCACCUACAACGAAGCCAUCAACGAGACCACCAUCAUCCUGAAAUGGACCUACACUCCUGUAAACAACACGCCCAUCUACGGCUUCUACAUCUACUACCGGCCUACCGACAGCGACAACGACAGCGACUACAAGAAGGACGUGGUGGAGGGAGACCGAUACUGGCACUCCAUCACCGACCUGCAGCCGGAGACGGCCUACGACAUCAAGAUGCAGAGCUUCAACGAGAAGGGGGAGAGCGAGUUUGGCAACGUGGUGAUCCUCGAGACAAAAGCUCGUCCCAACAGCCAACGGACGAUCCCGUCCGAAGCUCCAAACCAGGAAAACCAGAACCACGGCGUCUUUGUACCCCGGCCUGGCGACCUCCCCUACCUGAUAGUUGGUAUUGUCCUGGGAGCCUUCGUCUUCAUCAUCGUUGCCUUCAUCCCUUUUUGUCUAUGGAGAGCUUGGGCCAAACAGAAGCAAACAUCCGACAUGUGUUUCCCCACCGCGGCUGCUCCCGUCUCUUCAUGCCAGUACACGAUGGUUCCCCUUCAGGGACUUGCUCUGGUUGGACACUGUCCUCUGGACACACACCAUACAGCACCACAUGGCGUUUACCCGGCUAACGGCGAACACCUCCAGAACGGCAAAGCUCACCAUCCAAAGGAGCGUCUGCCAGGCCUGCAGCAGGAUGAAGAGGAUUGUGACAUGGAAUGUGAAACUCUUCUGCCACAGACGAUGUCAAAUGGACAUCUGCCGGUCUACCACUACUCCACCUGCAGCAACGAGCUUCACAAACAGACCUGUUGUCCUCCUGAUGACUCCGCCGUUCAGCAGCUUGCCGGAUGUCAGGACGUGGGGGGAGACGGCAGGUUCUGUGAUGGAGACGGAGCAGAGGUUAUAACUCAGAAACCAGAAUCUCUCCAACUUCUGUCUCUAGAAGACGAGAUUUUCACCACAUCGUCUUCAACAACGCGACGAUCCCAAGACACCGUUCAGGAAGUGAGCGUCCUCCCUUAUGAAGUGUCCCCCGAGAACAAAGGGUCGGCCGACACUCCAGAUGUUUAAAGAGACUCUUAGUGAACAGAAAACAAGAAAGUAUUUAUUUUUGUAUCAGAAGUAUUUAUAUAUUUAUGCUUUUGUACAUAAUGAUUCUAUUGUAUAUAUGGUUAUUUUCAUAUUCAAGAAGACUUUUUAUUCAUACACCUGCUUGUUUGAUGUCAUGAACAAAGGGAGUGGUGGCACCGAGUUUUCCUGAAGAUGUGAGACGGGUUUCCUUCUGUCAGUACUUCACAUCCUCCUCAUGUCAUUCCUGGUUGUUUUGAUACUAACAGGAAACAAAGAGACCACUUCCUCCAGUCAGAUGCUGUCUUCACCGAGGUGCUCAUGUUCUACAGAUAAAUGUGUCCACGUAGUAUAGCUAUAACACAAAAACCUAUUAUGCAUCGCUCAUCAUUAACAAACUAUUAACGUGUAUGCAACAUAAAUCAUUGUUUCAGUAGCGUUCAAGAGAUUAUGUAUAUUAUAUAUUGUAUAGAUAUUUAUUUUUAUGGAGUUUGAUAUUUUUUAAAUCACUGAAUGGGAGAGAUUCUGGAAGACGACUCAAGUCAUCGAUAAGCUGAAAUUUAUACUGCAGCCACUUGUGUGUUUACUUGUUUGCUGGUUAACCAAAUGUCUGCCAGUAGAGGGCGCUGUGACUGGUGUGUUAGUAUUAUGUUUCCCUCCUCUUCCUCACUGGUUAGUGCAAAAAAAGUAUUAGUCUGUGACAGAAACGUCAAAAUGAAGGAGAUCCUGAAUCUACUCCCUGAGAAGUGUGCAGCUUUCCUGCUGCUGCACAUGCUGGAGCACUAUUGCAUGUAAAUAAAAGCUCGUGAAUUUUA